AUGGCCACCACUGAAUUGUGCCUGAUACCUUCGCAGGCUAUGAUGUCGUCUCUUUCAUCACCGCAGUCAUCAGUUCGAUCGAAACAGCGAGUUCCAAAGAACAAGAAAAUAAAAGGACAAACUGCUUACUCUUUGAUUCCAUCUCAGCUGCAGGAGUCUCGUAUACCUAUGGAAGAAUCAUGCAGUAUGGAACAAGCAACGAACGUGAAUGAUAGAUCCUCGCAACAGCUGAAUGAUGAUUCAUUGACAACGUCACCCGACGAAUCCAAUAAACCAAACGCAAUGACGAACAACAGCAACAAAAAGAAAAAGAAAAAGGCAAGCAAGAAAGGAAAGAAAAUGAAUAGCAACAGCAACAACAACAACAACAACAAAUCAUCGGCUAGUCCACAAAUACGGCGGCAUGGAAACUUUCCAGAUGUCUAUUGGCGAUGUGUCCCCAUGGACCAUUUGCGUGAGCAUCCGAAUUUCGUACCACUUCCAUUGCCAGAAAGCAUUGAUUGCAUACCAAAAUUGGAGGACAUUCGUCAGUUCCGCCAAGAGUCAUGGCAAUGGGAUGCUGUUCAUGAGGGGCGGUGUACGACUUCUCAGGCAGUUGCUGCGUUGGGCUUUUUGGAACCCGAAGCGGGCAAAAUACUGGGAGUUCCGAGAAGUUGGCUUAGGGGUGGCAUGGGAGCCUAUCACCGAUUGAGACGACCGGCGUUGAGAACCUUGGAGGAAAUGAAUGUGGUCUUGUGCUCGUCCAAGAAUACUAACAGAAAUGAUAUUGGCCAAAGCAGAAGCAUCAGCACCAGUUCUCAACAACAACAACAACAACAAGAGGACUCGUCCAUAUGGCUUCCAAACAAUCGUGCCAAUAAUAGCAAAACCCAGUUCGCCGCAAGGUAUUGCAUACCAGUGAAUCAAGAUGAACGAAAGGAGCGGUUGCAGGAAAUGAGACACAGGUAUCACCAUUCGUCAUCCGAGUUUGACUACUCGGUUCGCAUGAUAUGGGGGUCCACUCAAGAAUCCACAGCAUUGUUAACGGCACUGAACUACUUUGUACAACAAGUUGGAACGGAUGUAAAACUCCAAGAGAUCGGCAUGUGUGGGGCAGGAAUCCAACUGGAAGGAAGCAAUUUGAUUCUAGGGGCAACACCCGAUGGUCUGAUAUGUCAUCCGGACGGACGAACAGAAGUAUUGGAAGUGAAGAACCAUUGUCCAUUCUUUGCCUCUAGUACCAGAAACAACAAUAACAAUCGUUCUCAAAGUCGAUAUGUCGUUCGUCCGCACAACAACUUGCUUCCGAAUGGCAAUGACAAAUCAUCCAACAACAAGAGGGCUGGAGUUUUGCCUCAUUACGUCCCUCAACUAAUGAUGGAAAUGUAUUGCAUGGGCCCAGAAUGUCAGUCAGCCAUCAUGGUGCGACAGACGGCCACAUCGGGGGCUCUUAUCAUUCGAAUUCAUCGAGAUGAUGGAUGGAUUGACGAAAUGUUACAUUGGCUGCAGAAGUUUCAAUCGACCUAUGUGGACAAGGGAACUCCACCUCCUCGCAACUUUUUUCUGGAGUCAAAUGAAGAGAAAGGCGAUGAAUGUGACGACGACGACGAUAAUGUCAGCAGUGCCCGUUACCGCAAGUUUCUCGACUGGACGAUUGAAUUGGAAUCAAAGGUGGAACUUUUGGACCAUGUUCCCAACAACAAGAUUCAACGAGCCAAUUCGGCUACACCUGGUGGUCUAGUGGAUUUGUUUCUUGAUUAA